AUGGGCUGUCUCUGGGGUCUGACUCUGCUUCUUUUCUUCUUCUGCUGGGAGGUUGGGGUCCCUGGGAGCUCUGCAGGCCCCAGCACCCGCAGAGCAGACACUGCGACGACAACAGACGACACAGAAGUGCCCGCUAUGACUCCAGCACCGGGUCACGCCGCUCUGGGAACUCAAACGCUGAGUGCCGAGACCUCUUCUAGGGCCGCAACCCCAGCCGGCCCCAUUCCAGAAGCAGAGCCCAGGGGAGCCAAGGGGAUUUCCCCUGCAAGAGAGACCAGGACUUUCACAAAAACACCUCCCGACUUCAUGGUGCUGAUUGCCACCUCUGUGGACACAUCAGCCGCCAGUGGAAGCCCCGAGAGAGGCGGAAUGACCACAGUUCAGACCGUCACAGGCAGUGAUCCCGAGGAAGCCAUCUUUGACACCCUUUGCACCGAUGACAGCUCUGAAGAGGCAAAGACACUCGCAAUGGACAUAUUGACAUUGGCUCACACCUCCAAAGAAGCUAAGGGCCUGUCCUCAGAGAGCAGCGCCUCUUCCGACGGCCCCCAUCCGGUCAUCACCCCCUCAUGGUCCCCGGGAUCUGACGUCACUCUGCUCGCUGAAGCCCUGGUGACCGUCACCCACAUCGAGGUUAUCAAUUGCAGCAUCACAGAAAUAGAAACAACGACUUCCAGCAUCCCUGGGGCCUCAGACACAGAUCACAUCCCCACGGAAGUGAAGGCCUCGCCCACCUCCCAUCCACCAGCUCUGCCUGACUCCACUGACGCAAAACCACACGUCACGGAGGCCACAGCCUCUCCCGAGACCCUGUCCACAGCCGGCACCGCAGAGUCAGCUGCACCUGAUGCCACGGUUGGGACCCCACUCCCCACCAACAGUGCCACGGAAAGAGAAGUGACAGCACCCAGGGCCACAACCCUCAGUGGAGCUCUGGCCACAGUUAGCGGGAAUCCCCUGGAAGAAACCUCAGCCCUCUCUGUUGAGACACCAAGUUACGUCAGAGUCUCAGGAGCAGCUCCGGUCUCCAUAGAGGCUGGGUCAGCAGUGGACAAAAGCACUUCCUUUGCUGGGAGCUCUGCUUCCUUCUACAGCCCCUCGGAAGCCGCCCUCGAGAACUUCACCCCUUCAGAGACACCCACCACGGGCAUCACGACCAAGGGGCCCUUCCCAACCAGCAGGGACCCUCUUCCUUCUGUCCCUCCGACUACAACCAGCAGCAGCCAAGGGACGAACAGCUCCUUAGCCAAGACCACGACCUCAGCGAAAACCCUGAUGAAGCCCCCAACAGCCAUGCCCACCACUGCUCGGACGAGGCCGACCGCAGACGGGAGUGCAGGUGAAAAUGGAGGCUUCCUUCUCCUGCGACUGAGUGUGGCCUCCCUGGAAGACCUCACUGACCCCAGAGUGGCAGAAAGGCUGAUGCAGCAGGACAGUUACAUUAACAUCAGGGAUGAAGUCUCUGAUAAUGGCAGAGAAGGAAGUUACCAUUUUGCCCUAACUGGAAAAUCCUUUCAUGUUAUAAGUCAGCAUUUCAGCAGCCUACUGCCAAAGGAUUGA